AUGCUGCCGCCAGACAGGAUAGUAGCACUGCUAUCCACAGUCGCAUCAACCAUCACUCCCUCAAAAGAGGAAGACGAAUCGAGAUUACACAAUAAUGUUGCUGUCUGCCUCGAUAUAAUCUAUUCGACCACUCUUCUCGAAGAUGCGAAUGCACAAGUCGCAGCCGGUGGACGGUACUCUGCAGAAAUCACAUCUUUUCUACACAAGAUCAAGACCAGGAUAUCGUCGCUCUUACAGAGCAGGACACCCCAGGCUCGAUGGGCCGGUGUAUGUCUUGUCAAAGCCGGGAUCGAGACUUCAUCGACGUUUUUGCAGGGUGUCGGGUUGUGGAUUCCUAUGCUGUUGAAGAUGGUUAAUAAACCACAAGACGGUGGCCCGAUCGCUGAAAGAGCCAUUGCGACUCUCACCCGCCUAUUCGUUCUCACAACCUCAAAGCCUACACUGACAAGAGAACUGACAUCGCCUCAUCUACCUACAUUCUCUCAGUACCUUCUCUCGAUAUCGGCAGCUUCGGCUAGUCCGGAUACUCUUCUCGUUGUUUUGCAGUCGAUAACUCAAAUCUUGAAGACGCAUCCCACAACCUUCCGUCCCCAACAGACGAAGACCCACCAACUAGUUAGGUCUAUAUUAUUCUCUGAAGAUGACAGAGUGCAUUCGGACGAGAUAGUACAAGCAGCUACGGUAGUCUAUGUCUCACUCAUAAAAUGUGCUCAGCCGAAGACACAGGCCGAAGAAUGGGUCAAACUCUUCAAAGAAACGAUAUCUACUACAGAACAGACCUGUGAUGUUUUAUUCGACAGUAUCAUUGAAGAGAAAGAUCUCGACAAGAACUCUCACAGACCCCGGGCAGAGACUCAAGUCCGCCAUUUGCUAUCUCCGGAAAGGAUCGGAAUAAAGAGAAUUUGCAUCCUGUUAGGUGUACUCCAAAGACUUCUCAGUCAUCCGACAACCUUCAAUCCGGCACCAUCAAUACCACUAUCCCCUCUUGUAUCCCUCUUGGACCGUAUGUUUGCAGUUCAUCCGGGUAUAAAACCCCAUCCAUCUGCCCCACCAUCUACCUACCAUCUAUUACUCGCCUCUUAUCCGACGGCCUUACUGUCUGCUAUUCCUCUAAUCACUACCGUUGUCACCCGUGCUUCACACUACUCCCCGUCUUUACCCCUCCAGUUCCUCCACCCGCUCACGUUCACAUUCACAACAUCUUCAAAACACCAUACGCCUCUGAAGGGCCUUGUGUACACCACUCUCUCACAAAUACUCUCUCUCACCGGCAGGACUCUGUCCCCAAAAGACGUCCAGCCCCUCCUCGAAAUUUUCUCUUCUGCUUGCGAAGACAUAAUCCCCCCUCCGCCACCCGUGAUAAUCACCAAGGAACCUGUCAGCACCCCGAAUUCUAUGUUGCUAACUCAGCCGACAUCGACCUACAAAAAACGAAAGGCCCCAGCGCUGCAGAACAAAGCCAAUACUCCAGCCGCUAGCAGUAUGCACGCCGAUCAAUUCCUCAAACCUUCUUUUUCUUCUUCAUCCUCUUCAAUUGUAGAGGAAACACCAUUGAUACUAUCAGCUAAAACGCUUCUUACAACCGUCCUAUUAACCCUCCCUUCCCCAUGUAUCCCCUCCGAAAUCCGCUCGAAACUGGAACGGACAAUGGUGUUAUCAUUCCACACGCCUGGCCUCCUAGCCGCAGUUCUCUACCCCAGCACAAAAAAGCGUGGAGGAAGUUUACUCCCACACCUGAUAGCAUCUCACACAAACGACUUGACACAAGCCAGCGUCGGUGGUAACCCCAUUGAUGAAGAGCACACCCUCUUAAACAUGGCAAUCGAAGCAACCCUCUACCCACGUAUGCAGGUUCUAAAACCCGUUUCCCAACCUGGGAACACCAGUGAUGGGAAUAGCGUCCUUGGGUCUCCAAUCGAAGGAAGAUUUUGGGGUUCGGCGGUAUCACCAUCACAGAAUGUUAACGUACUGCAACCAACAACGGCAUCAAUCGAUGAAAUUGUUUCACCACCGACGGGAGAGGUUGAUAUGACAGUUAAUAAUAAUAAUCCUAAUGAUGAUGCCCCAUCUGAGGAAGAAAGUUACUAUCCACCACCACCACCGGCGCCAGUCCCCCAACAUGCUACCCUUCCGGCUUCGUCACCAAAUAAACAAUCACAGGUCCCGAUGUCCCCGCCGUCAAUACCAUCUCGUCCUAAUAACUCCACCAAUGGCACCUCUUCUGACAACAAUAGCAAUACUAAUGGAGGUGGAAGGAAUUAUAUACCAGUCCCCUCUCCCGGUCGAGGGGUACAUGCCGCACUGCCGCCUAGUCCGUUAAGACAGAGUAUGAGUAUCUUCGAAGCCGCUGAGAUGGAAGAAGGAAAGGAGAGAGGGAGUAAGAGGGUUAAGCUGGGAGAUGACGGAAGGAGUCCGUUGAGCUUCGUAGAAGCAGUUGGUGGAAAUGCAGAAAGCGAUGACGAAGAGGAUAUCCCGGAGAUUGUGAUGGGAGAGAGCGAUGAUGAAUAA